AUGGAAUCCACUCCUUAUGGUGAGCCACUGGGCCACCAGGGGACCCUUGACGAGGUGGGCGGUUUGUCGCCGGUUGGUGGAGAACCCAAUCUCGAGGGCUGGCUUGUAAAGCGUGGUGCCAAGAGGAAGAACUGGAAAGUGCGGUGGUUCGAGAAGCGAGGUGAUAAGCUGGUCUACAGUGUCGCCAAGGACAAGACAGCGAAGGGUUUCAUUCCGCUGCGCGAAGUCCUCUCCGUUUCAGCACAGGCCGAGGCGCCCGUGAGUCUGGUGAAGAAGAGUGGCAGCUUCAUGCACCUCAAGCGCGAGCGCUCGGAGAGCAAGGAGAAGGAGAUCGAGGCGGGCGGCAGCGGCUCGGAGGGCAGCGGCCUGGCUCGCCGCAGUCACAAACGAGGCGGUAGCGUUGCCGGGGUCCAUCAGCUCGCCGUGGCCGUGCCGCCGGUCGGCUCCGACUCGGGCGAGCAGCCGAGCGUGACCAUAACCAGCAGCGCCAGCAGCACGAGCAGCACCUGCAGCCUGGACGACAGCGACAGCGAGGAGGACGAGGGCGAGCGCAAGAAGCGCGCGCAGUACGACAAGGGCUUCCAGAUCGAGACCGAGAAGCGCAUCUUCUUUCUCCUGGCGUCGAGCGACAAGGAGCGCGAGCGGUGGGUCAAGGGCAUCGAGUACCACAUCCGCCAGAUGCACGAAAAGGAGAUCGCCGCGCAGAAGCUCAAAGAGGUGGAGGAGGCCCUGCGCGCUGCGCAGGAGAGCGAGCGAGCCGCGCGGGAGGAGCUCGAGCGGGUGCGCCGAGAGAGCGACCUCGCGCAGGACGAGAAGUGGAAGAAGCGCCAGGAGGAGAUGGAGGCCCGGUUCAAGCGGAAGAAGAAGCAGCUGCGCAAAAAGCUCCGCGAGAAGAAGGAGCGGGAGGACAGGGACGCGGCAUACGCCGCCCAGCUGCUCGUCAGCCAAAGACACGUGGCCGCCGCACCGGCGCUGCUCAUGCCGGACGUGUCGGCGCUGCCCGAGGGCGAGCGCGGGCUCAAGGAGAUGAUCGAGAACCUGCAGAGCAAGCUGAGCGAGAACGAGGAGAUGAUCCUGUACCAGAAGAACACCAUCCUCGAGCUGGAGAAGGCCAAGGCCAAGAACGAGCGACUGGCCAAGGAGGCCGAGAAGAAAAAGAAGAAGAUCGAACGCGAGUUCCGCCGCACCAUCAGGCAGGAGAUCCGAGCCAAGGGGGCCAAGGCCGCCCAGGAGGCCGCGGCGUCGACCGGGCUUGCCGUGGCGAGUACCGAGGACGAAGCCGAGGAGACGGAGAGCGCCACCGAGGGCAAGUCAGACGAUGAGACGGACGACACCGACGACAAGACCGACGAGCCCAAGAAGGAGGAGUGGGACGAGGAGGACGGCGAGGAUGAGCUGGUCGAGAUCGAAGACGAGCGGCGGCUUUCCAAUUCCACCGAGCACCGAGAAGACGGGGAUAUUGACGACGACGACGAUGAAGAUGACGACGACAUGAACGACGACGCCGAGGAGGGCCUGAACCACAACGAUGACAAGAGCGGGGAUGUAGUGGAGCCUGACGCGUCCAGCCACCACACUGACGGCUCAGUGGCAGGCGGUGCGGAGGACUCGGGGUCCGACUCACCGUCGUGGCGCCGGAUAUCGAUGAAAGAGACGACGGCCAGCGCAUCGGCGCGCCUCUCCACCUCCCUCACGCGCGAUGCGCAUGCCGGCAAGUCCCUCACCUUCUCUCACCACGUCCCGAUGCUGCCCACGUCGGGGCUGUCGGCCUCGUCAUCGGCGGCCGCGUCGCCGCUCUCCCAUUCCAUGCUGACGCCCCUCAAGCCCCAUCCGCCUCCGGUGCCCCCGCGACGCCGAAUGGAGAACUGGAGGCGCGGACAGACCGAAGACUUGAAGCUCAAGCGCACCAACCGGACCCACUCUGCUAUGGAGUCGCCGAACGAAGACAUGGCUCCUGAGCGCUGGGAUCGCCCGGAUCGUCGGAAGCGCGCAGCUUUGCUGAAAGGGGCCAAGCCCGUCAAGUCGGUGAUGCCCAAUUCCCCGACCUCGUCCACGCCCGUCCCCACCUCCAACCUUACCUCUGCUCUUGCUUCGGCGUUUUCUGGGCGGGCCACCAUGAGCGCUAGGAGCACCUCCAGCGAGACGCUGUCCGCCUCGACAGGAGCCCAGCUGCAGGUCUCGCUCAAGAUUUCGUGUUCGGAGUUGAGCAACAAGACGAAGGCGGUCAAGUACGACAUCAGCGCCACAGUGGAAUCGCUGCUCAAGAAGAAGCCGCUCGCCAACUGGCUCAAGAAGCUGCAGAUGAAGAGGGCCAAGGAGUCCAAGGAACAGCUCUACUACGGACUCUAUGCGCCCGUCAAUAGCGGACCUGGCGACCUCUCGCCAAAGGACCCGGGAUCCAAAGUGGCACCAAAGGACGUGGCCUGCCGAGGCGUGUGGCUCGACGAGGAGUCACAGCUGUGGCGAUACGACUUCGACGAAGGGGCGGCGGUGGAGCUCCGCUGUAUCGAGGACUCGAAGUACGCCAACGACAAGAGCAACAACUAUGUGCUGCAGAUCCUGUACACCAUCGAUGGCGCCGCGGCUGAACCGCACACAACUGGACGCAGCAGCCAGCUCUUCAAGUUCAACAAGUACACCACCGUACGCGAUGUCAUGACCACCGUCGGCUCUCGUCUCAAGACGUGCAGCGACGUAGAGCACUACGGCCUGCUGAUUCACAAGCGAGACGGCACCCUGUGGCUCAAUCCCGACAACAUCCUCGCCGCCUACCACCUACAGGACAUGGAUAUCUUGGAGCUGAAAAAGCGAUUCCUGGAGCUCUGCCUCCACGAGGAGGACAAGACCGAGCUGCGCGACACCACGCGCGGUCUGCUGGUGCCCUCCGUCGCAGAGGGUCGGCUGCUGCUCGAUCCUUCGUCCAUCACCGUGCUCGAAGCCACUCACUCUGUGUGCAACUGGCUGGGCAUUGAGAAGCGCCGAUGGGAGCACUACGGACUGCUGGCCUCCAAUCCGCCCUCGCCUGACAUCUGGCUGCAAGAGGGCCAGACCCUCGCCCACUACGCCCUCGGGACCAAUACCAUCGUGGAGCUCCAGCCCAAGACCCUGUUCAGUGCUUCGCCCCGGUCCGAACCGGACGUCGCCGACAGGCGGUCGUACUGUCUCAUCGUCAAGUUCUCGCCCCACUCCUCCGACAACGUCGAGGUACGCACUGCCCCCUCCCCCCAACGGACUCGACUGUCCAGAAUAUUUCAGAAGCGAGGCGCCGAUGAGUUGACAACGUUUCGCGCUCAACCGGUGGUGCUCAGGACGCUGGUGAGGGUGCAUCGACCACCACGAACGGUGGCUCGGGGAGCCUGA